UUUAAACGUGAUCCAAGAUCAUUGCCUCAGCCAAAGAAGAUUCACCAACUUUUUAAGCAAUAUCAGCACUAAAGGUUCACCAUGGCUGUCAGCAUACCCGGUGUGAUAGCAAUGGUGGUUUUCUACCUGCUAGUUCUUGGAGUUGGCAUCUGGGCUUCCAUCAAGUCCAGGAGGGAGGAGAACAAAAGUGCAGCUGACAAAAUGGACAUGGCCCUGCUGGGAAACAGAGGCAUUAAAAAAGUGGUGGGGGUUUUCACAAUGACAGCCACGUUGGUUGGAGGAUGCUUUAUCAUGGGCUUAAGUGAAAUGAUCUACACCCCCUCUAUGGGACUAAUGUCGGCAGUUAUGAUGUUAGCUGCUUACUCUUUUUCAUACAUUUUUGGUGGCCUCGUGUUCGCCAAGCCGAUGAGAGACAGAAAAUAUGUGACAAUAUUGGACCCUUUCCAGAUCAAGUAUGGAAAAGCAGUGAUGGCCAUCCAGUCUCUGGAUUCCCUUCUAAUCGAUAUCUUGUGGCUGGCUGGAACGCUAAUUAGCUUAGGUGCUACCGUGAAUGUGAUUUUGGAGUUGCCCUACACCACAAGCAUCUGGACCUCUGCCACUGUGGUGAUUCUUUACACACUGCUGGGAGGUUUUUACUCAGUUGCCUACACAGACAUCAUACAGGUCAUCCUCAUAUUCGUCACCAUGUGGAUCUGUGUCCCCUUUGUGCUGAGAAACCCCUCCUCUGUGGAUAUUACCCAGACAGCCCUGAACAGCACCUUUCAGGCUCCCUGGAUUGGUAACCUGGAGAGGAAGUUUGCUUGGACUUACAUUGAUACCUUCCUGUCACUGGCAAUGGGAAGUCUGGGAUUCCAAGCCUUCCACCAGAGGACCUUGUCUGCUAGUUCCUCAUCUGCAGCCAGGAUCACAUGUUUCAUUACUGCUUUCACUAUCUUGAUAUUUGGAGUACCUCCCAUAUUAAUUGGGGCAGUGGCUGUAUCCACAGACUGGAACCUGACUUCUUAUGGUUCUCCGUCUCCAUUGGAACGUGGUGAGGGAGCAAUGAUCAUGCCCAUCACGCUGCACCACCUCACCCCUACUGCUAUCUCUGUCAUUGGCACUGGAGCCAUCGCUGCUGCUGUUAUGUCCUCAGCCGACUCUGCUUUGCUCUCUAUGGCCUCCGUUUUCACGUAUAACAUUUACAAGACUAUUCUGAGGCCCAAGGCAUCACAGAGAGAAAUCCAGUGGGUCAUCCGUGCUACUGUGGUUGUAGCAGGCUUGAUUGGUGCAUCACUCACCUACCUGAAAAACAGUAUCAUUAUGAUGGUGUUCCUUGGGUGUGAUGUGGCCUACAUAUUGAUUUUCUCUCAGCUCAUCUGUGUCCUCUUCUUCAACAUCUCCAACGGUUACGGGGCGAUUAUGGGCUUCCUGACAGGGUUAGUGUUAAGAGUGCUGAGUGGAGAACCAUCAGUAGGGUUAGCACCAGUUAUACACUUCCCAGGAUGCACCUUUGAGGAUGGUGUUUAUGUCCAGUACUCUCCAGUUAAGACCAUUUGCAUGCUUUCUGCCAUUGCUGCCAUCUUGUUGUUCUCCUACCUGGGUUCUGUGCUUUUCAACAAAGGACUGCUUCCUGAGAGGUGGGAUGUUUUCAAAGUUAAAGUCCAGCAUUCACCACAACCACAAACAGAUAAUGCAAAAGGAUACAGUGACAAGGAAUUUGAGAAAGAAGAAUCCAAUCAAGAUGCCUCAGAGCCAAUGAUUUCCACUGUGUGUUAAAUGUGUCAUGUGCAGUACAUAUGUUGAUAAUAACACAAUAAAGAACACAAAAUCAUCAAGGACAGUUAAAGGGUUAAAACAAAAAAUUGAAAAGAAAAUAGACAAAUACAAACUGACUAGAAGAAGACAUAAUGUCAAAAAAUAGUCUUUAUACAAGAUUAAAAAACAGCCCGUUUCCAGAUUUGCCUGGUAGCCAGUAAUGUGGAUCCUAAUGUUUUUAGGGCUUACAGAUUAAGCUCUAAAAACAACAACAUGGUAU